AUUUACUAUUAAGUUUGUCACGGAACAAAGUAAAUGCUGAGUCCUAACCAACACAGUUUGUUUUUCUAUGCAAGAUCUUCUGUGAGGUUUUUCACGUGUGAAUUGUUGCAGGGAGCUGUUCCUUUGUUGCAUGUUAGUUGCUAUUCAUUUUGGAUAAAACAGUUUGUGAACUGAUACCCAUCAUUUUUUUUUCCUUCCUUUAUUUUAGAGUAAUAUUUGCUAGUUUGACAGGGUUUAGAGACUUGGGUUGUGGGGUUGAAUUUUCAGAGAGUGAUAUAUAUAGGUUUGAAAAUUGAAAUAGAUUAUUCAUUCCUUUGGUUUUGGAGAAGGUAUUAUGUGAUGGAUCACUGAAAAUUCAGCUGAAAAUUCUGUGGUGAAAUCUGAAAGGCUCAACCAAACUUGAGAUGAAAAUACCAAAGGGGUCUAUCACAGUUGGUUGAAUAGGGUGUUUGAGUAUUGUAAAACCUUAGUACCAAGUUCGAUUCUCACAAAUAAAAAAAAACUUGAGUUGAAAAGAGUAUCAAGUGAGGGAAUUCACAUGGAAAUGGAAGGGAGGGGGUUUUCUGGCUUAUACAAGAAUUCAAGUGAGGAGUUGUUCCUGAAGACAGUGAUGGAGAGCCCUAUUGGUAUGCCAGUGCCUACCAUGGAGAUGUUAGGUUUCAAGGCUGUUUCUCAAAGCUUUCGCACAGAUAGUGAGGAGCUCUUUAAGCGUUGGCUAACAAAUGGAGAGGGAUACAAUUCAUCAAGCGUGGGACUGAACAGUCGAUUAUCAAAGAGGAUUUCCACCGAACUAGCUAAUACUGUAUCUAACCAGCAACAUGUUGGUGUAGCUUCAGAGGGAAGAAACAAUGAAAAAUUAUACAUGCAAAAUAACCUUUUGGCCAAUGAUGUUUCAGAUGAUAUCAAUUUUUCGACCAGAGACCCUGUUAAUAGAGAACUGCAAUCUAGUAGUGACCUGUUUCUGGCCAAGGCCUGGUUUCUUAGUGAUCAAAGAGUAACAAGAAGCCGGUCCUCUGAAUUGCGGCGGAGGUAUACUGAAAUGCAAAAUGCUCAAACAAAACAGGGAAUGGAAAUUAUGAGCAUAACCCCUCAGCAUGUUGUGGACACUACAAAACAAGAAAAUGCAAAUUUAAAUGGUUUUGAUUACAUGGCUAUGUAUGAGCUUCCAAGCCAAAAGGGGUCAUUCAUGUCUCCAUCCAACUCAUCUUCAUCUACCUUCUACACUCAUCAAGUGGUUGAUGCAGAUAAAGUCUCAUCUUGUGUAAGUAUGCUAAAGGGUACAUUACAACGCAAGAAACUCGGCAACCAAAUUGAGAAAGAAGCUGCAGGAGAUAGUUCAAAUGGACUUUUUUGUGCUCAAGAACCUCUUUUCCAAACUGGUUUCAAUGAAGGACAAGAAAAUUGGAGUCAUCAAAAGCCAAUAAAUGUUCAUGGAGCCUGUAAUACUCAAAUUAAUGAUCCUGGUGUUUACUUUGUCUUAGAUGGUUUUGCAAAUCAGAAGAACCAAGCAUAUGUAGGAACUGCUUCCCGAGAACCAUCUCAAAGUGAAUCAUCUGCUGCUGCACCAGUAAUCUCCUCCGGUUUGGAUGCAUGUGAAGGUCCCAGCAAUUCAAAUCAAAAUCUUUGUGAAAGCUCAUGGAAGCAAGUGGGAGUGAGUAGAAGUUCAGAAAACGCUCAAAAUAGAGUCAAAGGUGUUAGAGAACAGAUAAUGGAUAAUAUAAAAGAUGACCGGAAGAGGAGAAGUCUAGAAAGAUAUGGAUCUAUAACAUCAGCUGUUUCAGAGGAGAAGGGAGACAGCACAAAAAAGCGUAGAGUGGAGCGCUCGAGGAAAAUGGCUGAGGCAAAGGAAAGAAAUUUGACACCAUCAGUUCCCUCUGAUAUGCAAGCUGUCUUGAAGCGAUGUGAAACCCUUGAGAAGGAAGUUCGAUCACUCAAACUUAAUUUGUCUUUCAUGAAUAGGAAGGAUUCUGAACAAACAAAGCAGAUAGAGGACCUUCAGAAGCAAAAGGAAGACUUAGCAGAUGAGAAAGAGCGCCUACUAGAAGAGAUUGAGAGAAUUCUUUCAGAUACUGGAAAGAUCUAAUGUUUUGCUUCCCUCCUUAGAAACUAUGCUAUGACAAAAAAGAUCUUACCAUGUUAACUUAUGGGCGAAACAGUUUACACCAAUUCCUGAUAAACAGUGAACCUCUGGAUUCUCCUGGUGAAAUAUAAAUGCAUGAAUCUCUAAAUUAUUAGUGCAACAAUGUAUCUUGUAAAAUCUAACUGUUAGUCAAAAUUUUAGAAGCACGGACAACGCUUUGAUAUAUAUA